AUGAAGAAAAUAUAAGACUUAAUCAUUUUAGUGUUUAUCUGUUUUUUAAAGUAAGCAUAGCAAUUAAGCAUACCAGAUAUAUGUCCUUUAGUUAGCAAUUUUUUUUAAAGUUAAUCUGAUCAAUGUUAAUAGUGCCUACAAAAUUGUAGCGAAUGCUUUUCAAACAAUUACUGCGUUUUAUGCAUGCCAGGAUUUAUUUUAAAUAAUUAGGGAUAGUGUGUAAGUAAUUGUGGAGAUAAUUAACUGAAAAAUAUUUUAAAUAAGCAAUGUUAAAACGUUCCUGAUAUAAAUUGCUAGAAAUAUAAUUAGCAAAACUAAUGCUAAUAAUGUAAAGAUGGAUACAUUUUAAGUGAAAAUAAAAUAUGCAAAAAUACAUUUUGUUCAGGUUAUUAAGGCACCUACGAUAUUUCUACCUAAAAAUGUUCUUUAGACGGAUUUUUACUAUCAGAUUACAGUAGGGAAUAGUAAGAUUAAUAAACCAACACUCAAUUAACUUAAGAUUCUUUCAGUUUUUAGUACUCAUCAUUAAAAGAAAGCUUGAAUGAGCAAAUAAUAGAAAUAAUUGUUUUAGAUAUUUUAGAUUACAAAUUAGUAAUAGGAAGAACAAUACAAUAUAUCAUAUUUUAUGAAUACAAAUCAAUGUCUGCCUUAUAUUUACUUGAUAUGAAAAUUCCAAUUAUUUAAAUAUAAGCUAAUCAAUAAUAAAUGAAGCUCUAUGCUUUGAUUUCUCACUGUGAUACAACUAAUUCAGAUACAAAAUAUAAGCGGAAGUGUUUUAGUUAUUUUUCCUCUAAGUGA